AUGGCAGAAGAACUCUCCAAGAACUUUGAGACGCUGCAACUGCAUGCCGGCCAUACACCAGAUAAGGAGACCAACUCUCGUGCUGUGCCCAUCUAUGCCUCCACUUCCUUCACAUUCAACGACAGCGCUCACGGUGCCCGACUCUUCGGCCUCAAAGAGUUUGGCAACAUCUAUAGCCGAAUUGGAAACCCAACCGUUGGUGUCUUUGAGCAGAGGGUCGCCGCGCUCGAAGGUGGUGUCGCUGCGCUUGCAACUUCAUCUGGACAGGCCGCGCAGUUUAUCGCUAUUUCUGCUCUAGCACAUGCUGGUGACAACAUUAUCGCAACUUCAAAUCUAUACGGAGGCACAUACAACCAGCUCAAGGUCUUUUUCCCACGUUUGGGCAUAAAAACAAAGUUCAUCAACGGAGACAAGCCCGAGGACUUCAAGGCUGCCAUUGAUGACAAGACAAAGGCCAUCUACCUCGAGAGCAUCGGAAACCCAAAGUACAACAUUCCCGAUUUCGAAAAGAUUGUCGCGAUUGCGCAUGAGGCUGGUGUUCCGGUAGUGGUCGAUAACACCUUUGGCGCAGGUGGAUACUUUGUCAGGCCCAUUGAUCACGGCGCUGACAUUGUUGUACACUCUGCUACAAAGUGGAUUGGAGGGCAUGGAACCACCAUUGGCGGUGUCAUUGUCGAUAGCGGAAAGUUUGAUUGGGGCAAGCACAGCAAGCGCUUUCCGCAAAUGAUCGAGCCAUCAGAAGGCUACCAUGGGCUCAAAUUCUGGGAAACAUUUGGCCCAAUAACAUUUAUCAUCAGAGCUCGUGUUGAAAUCCAGAGAGAUUUAGGUGCCGCACUGAACCCAUUUGCUGCGCAACAGCUUCUCCUUGGUAUCGAGACGCUUUCCCUUAGAGCUGAGCGACAUGCAUAUAACGCGCUCAAGCUAGCCAAAUGGCUGGAGAGCAACGAGAAUGUGAGCUGGGUCUCAUACCCAGGCCUCGAGAGCCACCCAUCUCACCAGCUAGCCAAGAAGUACCUGCCGCGUGGUUACGGAGGUGUCCUGUCGUUUGGUGUGACAGGAGGUGGCAAAGCAGGAUCCCAGGUCGUGGACAACUUCAAGCUCAUUUCCAACUUGGCAAACGUUGGCGAUUCAAAGACAUUGGCUAUCCAUCCUUGGACCACAACACACGAGCAAUUGAGCGACGAGGAAAAGCUGAGUUCCGGUGUUACCGAGGAUCUUAUCCGAAUUUCGGUUGGCACCGAACACAUUGACGACAUCAUUGCGGAUUUCGAGCAGUCAUUCAAGAAAUCGGCGACAAAGCCCGAGGAAGAGGGCAAUCCAGAGAACGCGGGCAAGACUGGUGAAGGCGAAACUCCUGCGUCGUUGUCUGGUGCGACGUAG